CUAUUGGUUUGAUAAUAACUUUUCAGAAGGAAUGGAUUGGGGGGAUGUUCUAGAAUGUUCAAUUUGUCUGGAGCAGUUGAGUGAAUCUAACAAGGUUCUUCCUUGUCAGCACACCUUCUGUACACAGUGUCUGCAGGAUGUGAUUAAGAAGAAAGGUAGUUUGCUCUGUCCUGAAUGCAGGUCUCCUGUAACAGUAGAAAUAUCCUCUUUACCCUCUAAUAUACUUCUCAAUAGGUUACUGGAGGGUUUAAAACAAUCUGAAAGAAGUUUAGCGGCAGCACCUAAAAUAAAUGUGAAGAAAGAAACCCAAUCCGAUCCUCUAAAUCAAUCUCAUUUACAACCAUCACAAAACUCCAGAGUAUCGAAUAUAAAUUCACAUGCGAGUCUAAUCUCAUCAAAUACUCCGAAAUUUGGACUCAACUCACCAACUAUUCAAGCUGUGAUAAAAACAGAAAGUGAGUCUUCCAUUGUCUAUCCGCCAACACUAAAUCAGAAUAUUUUUUCAUCCACCCUCCAGGAUAAUUGUGAGAAGAGUACAAACUGCUGGUCUCAACCUACAUCUGACCUUACAGGACUUACAGCAGUAUCCCGGGGACAAUCUAUACAAGGAAUACAGAGCUCAACAAUACCACAGAUAUCAACAGAUAUAACAGGUUCAUCAAGUAAUCUGACCACGUUGUUUGCAUCUUGUUCUCUGGGCCCUGGUUCUAAUACCUCCUGUACCUCUGCUCAUUUAUCUACUGCAUCAAACUCAAUAGUUGAUUCUACUUCUUCAAUCCAUUUUCAUACUCCAGCUCAUUCAUCCUCUUCUUUUAAUCCAUCCUCUCCGCUCCAUUCAUCCUCCUCAUUACAUCUUUCCUCUCCACUCCAUUCAUCCUCCGCAUUCCAUUCAUCCUCCUCAUUCUAUCCAUCCUCUCCGCUCAAUUCAUCUCUUCCAACAGCGCUUCAACCCUCGUAUAUCUCAUCUGCAACUAGACCUUCAUUAAUAUCCUCAAGAUCAUUAUUAACACCAUCAGUCCUGAUCCAACCCCAGGAUCUGCAACCUCAUACUUCUUCUCUUAUACCUUCCAGACCACCGUAUCUAGCACCAUCUUCAUCAGGACCAGCUCAACCAUCUUCAGGGUUCAGUUCACAAGGUUCAUCUCCUCUACAUGCUUCUCCAAUUCAAGGGAAUCUGAAUACCAAUCCUUUCCUAGAUCUACUAAAUGUUUCCAACCCAUCUUCAGCUUCUAAUAAAGAUACAGAGGCAGAUAUCAAAUUACUUCCACCUCCACCAGAGGUUCCCGAAAGACCGCUCUUAAACCCUUUGAAGGGAUGGCAACUGAGUCCUAGGGCUCUCAUCCAUCCACCUGGAUCUAUUCAGCAGCAGCAACAACCUUUUAUGCAACAGCAACAAUGUCUUCAACAAGUGAAACAACAUCAGACCCCCCUUCAACAACAACUGCAACUAUCCCUUCAUCAACAGCAAACCCCACUUCAAAAAGUUCAACAACCUCGAACCCUUCAACAACAACAGCAACAACAACAACAGCAAUCCAAACUAAGUCUUCACAAACCAUUAACAUUAAAUCCUUUUGAUUUUUCAACUUCUUCGCUGUCUAAUCGCCAGCAGCCAACUGCACAGACAGAUCUUUCUCAACAGCAACAGCUCUCUCCUUCACCACAACCUCAACAACAGCAGUGGACUCCACACCGUUCGGUUGAACUUCAUCAUCAGAUUUACAAAGCUAUUUAUGACUUUAACGCUACGCAACCUGAUGAACUAAGUUUGAGGAAGGGAAAACUAUAUUUGGUUACUGAACUUUGUCAGGAUGGGUGGAACAGGGGGAAAUGUCUGAGUACUGGAAAAUCUGGAGUUUUCCCUGGAAAUCAUUUGGAAAAAUGGUCUGGUUCGUCUCAGGAGAUUGCGGGAACAAAGAAGAAUCAAACUACUGAGGAAACCGAGGAGGAGAGAACAGAAAAACUAAAAAAUCUCAGAGAAACUUUAAAGAAGACUCAUGCACAAAAUAUCUCAAGAUCUCAUUCUAAUGCCGACCAAUCUAAGGGGUUAAGAAGCAAAGGGGAGAGAUACAGAUGUGUUGUACCCUUCCCAGCUAGCUCCGAUUACGAGAUUGAGUUACAGGUUGGUGAUGUAAUAAGUUUAGUGAAGCGGAGAGAGGAUGGAUGGUGCAAGGGUAUCCUUCAUAGAACUGGCAAAACUGGGUUAUUUCCAUCAUCUUUCGUGGAACGUGUAGGCUAGAAGUUAGAAGAUAUGUUUAGCAAAAUUAUUCCAUAAUAUUGUUCAUAUUGUUCCUUGUUCAUAUUUCAAUGAAAAUAUUCAAGUUGUCAGAUGUUUUUAAAUAUUAAGAGUAAAGAUAUUUAUUUUUAUCAAUUUUCACUGAUCAACAAUUUAAAAUUUUUAUUAAAUUGUGCCCAUUAACUUUUGUAACAUGAUAUUGUUAAACCUUGCAAUAUUUACCAUUUCGCAAGCUGUUAAUAUUGGGUGUAAACCUUGCCAAUUUUACACAAUCCAUUGUUAGACUUUUAACCUUUAAUAAACUUUUACACACAGUA